CACCCCUAUGUGUUUUCACGCCCUUGUUUCAGCUCCUGUGUAGUUUGGGAAGUCGGUCCGGGGUCUUAUGCACCCCACCCGACCACCGAGACCGCGCUUAAAACUCCUCAAGUUCUGCCCAUCGGGCCGGGGGCAACGGGAUCGCAGCGACUGAACGGGCUUUGGGGUGACGUCCGUCUCUUCCGUCCCGGUGAGGUCGUUUCUGCCAGCUGAGGAUGGUAGAGGCCGGCUCUCCCGCCCCCGGGGCCCACCGCGUGCGGGGCCGGGCGGGACGCGGUCGCCGGUCCGCCAGCCGUGUCCCCCCCCCCCUCCCCCGCCCCGGGCGCGCACGCGCAGUGGCUCGCCGGCCACGCCGCGGCUGUUGUGGGUCGGUGGGCGGGGCGGCUGGCUGCCAGAGCGAGGCGUCGCCGCACCGAGAGCCGGCGCGGGGCUCGGCCUUCCUCAGCGCCGGGAGGCGGGCGGCUUGCCGAGCGUGCGAGCGGCCGGUGUGUUCCUCCAAGUCGCUGUCUUCCGGACUCCGGCCGGCGGUCGGCAUGGCCCGUGGAAAUCAAAGAGAACUUGCCCGCCAGAAAAAUAUGAAAAAGACCCAGGAAAUUAGCAAAGGAAAAAGAAAAGAGGAUAGCUUGACUACCUCUCAGAGAAAGCAGAGGGACUCUGAGAUCAUGCAGCAAAAGCAGAAGAUAGCCAAUGAGAAGAAAUCGAUGCAGACAAGAGAAAAAUGAUGACUGGCUUUGUGGAAAACGCAGGUGCUAUUGCCAGUGGGGUGCAUCAUAAGCUCUAAGAUCAAAAUUUCUCAGAGUGACUAAUGGUUACAUGUGUCAUAACUUAUCCUUAUAAAACUGACUAUUUUAAACUUUACUUUUCAGCCUUACUUAAUAUGAUGUUUUAAGACCAUUCUUCAAAGAAUAAAGUACUGACCAUGCAUGUAA